GACCGGGCCAUGGGAAUGGAGCAUGUCGUCAUGGAGAAGAAAGCGGAAGAGGAUGACUUGGAUGAGGAAGAGGAUGAGGAGGGCAAAGCCAAGUCCUCCUCCACCUCCAUGGCCAGGUCCCCCUUGCCCAGAUGCAUAAAUAGGGAAGUAAUGAGUAGGAGCAAGGAGGGGAUCUUACCUCUCUCUAUAGCAUUGGUGAGAGAGAUAAUGGAAUGGUGACGUCCAGUUCUGGUGUCUGUGUUUUUAAAGGAUGGUGUUAAAUUGGAGAGGGUGCAGAAAAGAGUCACACAAAUGAUCUGAGAGCUGGAGAAAAUGACCUACAGUGAGAGACUCAAAUUGUAGGUGGGUGAAAUUUAAUGGCCUGGAACAUUCAGGAGAUCAGAUGAGAUGAUCCAAUGGUACCUUCUGGCCUUAAGCUCUAUGAAACUCUAUGAACCAUCGUCUCCCCCCUCCCCCCCCCCGCUCCGAUGUGCUUCACCGCACAGAAGGGUGGCUGGACAGCCUGGAAUGGCCCUGCUCCAAAGCGGCCCUGGCGGAGAAGACAGCAGAACUAACUGAGAGCUGCCCCAGGACUCUGGGCCCAGCUCUGUCCUCUCCAGCUCCAUGGACCGCACGUGAAACCUCCCGUACCAGAAGCUCCUGCCUGGCUCCCCCAGCUCCGGUGCUGCUCAGUCCAGAGACGCUGCCUCUUCCAUGGCCAGGUUCUCCUCCACCUACUGAACAGCCUGCGGUGAUGGGUAAGGGAACCCAUGGCCACACGGAGACACCAUGGGCACGGAUGGGGAUUGAAUCUGGGCCCUUCACCAUCACGGGCACAAGCCUGCCAGGCUCCCAUUCAGGUAGCCAUGGAAGGCUCUGCCUGCAGACACCCCCUCUCCAUUCCCACUGCCAGACUCUUGCCUGCGGUGACAACGAAGGAGCAGGAGAACUCCUGGGGGAGAACCCCCGGGCUGCACAGUCGGGUGUCAAUAUUGAAAGCACAUCGGUGGAGGCUGUGAAGACUCUUUUUUCCAUGCCUGGAGACUGGAAGGAAUUUGCUGGCAUCCAGUUACAGCAGAGUUGAGACAUGAUAGC